CUGAGCGUGCCUCGGUCGCUCCGGCCGUAGGGCUGUGUUAAAGGAGCCGUAGCGCCGUUUUCUGCCGCCGCUGCCCCGGACCCGGCUGCCCCGGGCGGCGCCAUGGCCUAUCAGGGCUUCGCGCAGGAGUACCUGGGGAUCCCGGCCGUGACGCGGGCCUACACCACCGCCUGCGUCCUCACCACCGCCGCCGUGCAAUUAGAAUUCAUCACCCCUUUCCAGCUGUAUUUCAACCCAGAUCUGAUUUUCAGAAAGUUCCAGAUCUGGAGGCUGAUCACCAACUUCCUCUUUUUUGGGCCCUUGGGAUUCAGUUUCUUUUUCAACAUGAUAUUUUUGUACAGAUAUUGCCGAAUGCUAGAGGAAGGUUCCUUUCGGGGAAGGACUGCAGACUUUGUCUUCAUGUUUCUCUUCGGGGGAUUUCUCAUGACACUCUUCGGCCUCUUUGCCAGCCUCUUCUUCCUGGGCCAGGCUUUCACCAUCAUGCUGGUGUACGUGUGGAGCCGCAGGAAUCCUUACAUCCGCAUGAACUUCUUUGGGCUUCUUAACUUCCAGGCCCCCUUCCUGCCCUGGGUUCUGAUGGGAUUCUCUCUGCUGCUGGGCAAUUCCAUCAUCAUUGAUUUGUUGGGAAUUGCAGUGGGUCACAUUUAUUACUUCCUUGAAGAUGUUUUUCCCAACCAGCCCGGAGGGAAGAAGUUGCUGCUCACUCCAGGCUUCCUGAAGCUGGUAUUUGACACUCCUGAAGAGGAUCCCAACUACAACCCCCUUCCUGAGGAUCAGUCAGCGAACCAGCCAGCUGCUGACCAAGACCAGAACCAGCAACCGCCACCUCAGUAGGGGGGGGAGAACCUGCUCUCCCCCACGUGACCGAACUUUUCUCCUGUCUGCUGGACUGAUACUGUGCCAUGGACAGAUGCUGUCUGAAGAACAGCUCCGGUCACUAGAUUAGUCUGUAUUAACAUCUCACUUAUCCCUGGGGAUAACCUAUUUCCCAAGUUGUUCUCUGGAGUGUCAUUUAAAAACUGAAUGGAGUGAUGUAGAGGGGGGUGUACAGAAGUGGUGUAGGGAUGGGGUGGAGGCUGGCCCCUGGCUACAGUAAAUCCCACAGCACCCUGGGCCUCAAACGUUCUUCCUCGUCUAGUUCUGCUACAGCUAUGCUGUGUGCCAAGUCACCUGUCUCCUCGGUACACCCACUGGUACACCCUCCUUCCCACAAGGCUCCAGUUGUUGCUUGUGCCAUGGAAGUGCUUGAUGCUCUAGGUCUCACUCAGCUGUAGUAAUGUGUACACCCCACCCCCAGGACUGGAGAAUGGCUCAUUGCCUUGGUUCUGCUCCUUCCCCUUCCAUUCUCCCAGCUUCUUUACAUUAAAAUUUAUAUUUUUCAAAGGUGUAGCUGUGCCUGGUAGGGCAAGAGGCACCUAGGGCUGUUAUACAGAACAGUUUUACUUAGGCCCUGGCCCUCAGCAAGGGCUUUGUUCCUAGGUGCAAGUUAUUUCAAAUUCUGCUCAAACCAAGGGAAGACAUAGACUAGUGCACUUGCCCAACGAGGGAAGAGCCCCACUGCCAGGACAGACGGGAGCUUGAGGGCUGCAUGGAAAGGAAACAAGCAGCGCAGGUGCCAGACAAGCUGAGGGAGACGCAGGAUAUUUAAAGACAGCAGCAAGGCCCUCUUAACGCAACGGUCACAGGUUUGUUCCAGGACCUGCCUAAAGGCUCAGAGCUGAAAGUCUUCCAGUCUCCUCUAGUCAUGGUACAGUGACUCAUGUUAAAUUACUAAAUUUAAUCAUGACAAAGUUUGCCCCUGUACAGCCAAGCAAUAAGUUUUAGGCCUUAUCUACAGCCACCAAGUUGCAUUGCUUUAAAAGCCCACUGCGUUACACCAGUGCCAAUGCUUGUGAAUUACAUCUGAAAGCUAAACAAGUUUCACCUACUAAAGCUCCCCACUGAGUUGAACCAGUUAACAAGGCUGAAUAGUGUGUGUGUGUGUGUGUCUGGACCAGGCCUAAGUGUUUCUUUCAAAGCACAAAGUUUGUAUUAUGCAGCCAGCUUUGGGGGGCUGGCAUGUGUCAUAGUGCUUUGCAAGCCUCUAACCAACCAGUGCCACAGGAAUCAAACGGUAACUAGUAUUGAGUUAGCUGAAGCAAAAUGGUGCAGGAGCCUUAAGGCAAAGGAAACUCAGCCCCCAGCCCAUCACUUAAUUCUCUGCUGUUUAUGUCAAGUGCUGCUACCAGAGGAGAGGCUGAAGCAGG